UGAGAUGAGUGAGAGCCGUCAGACGCACGUCACGCUCCACGAUAUUGAUCCACAGGCUCUGGAGCAGCUGGUCCAGUAUGCCUACACUGCUGAGAUCGUGGUGGGAGAAGGGAACGUCCAGACAUUGCUUCCUGCAGCCAGCCUCCUGCAGCUGAACGGGGUACGGGAUGCCUGCUGCAAGUUUCUCUUGAGUCAAUUGGACCCCUCCAACUGUCUGGGCAUCAGGGGUUUUGCAGACACCCACUCCUGCAGCGAUCUCUUGAAAUCGGCACACAAAUACGUCUUGCAGCACUUUGUGGAUGUCUCCAAGACGGAGGAGUUUAUGUUGCUGCCUCUCAAACAGGUGUUAGAUCUCAUCUCCAGCGACAGCCUCAACGUGCCUUCGGAAGAGGAAGUCUACCGAGCCGUCUUGAGCUGGGUGAAGCACGAUGUGGACAGCCGGAAGCAGAAUAUUCCCCGACUGAUGAAGUGCGUCCGCCUUCCCUUACUCAGCCGGGAUUUCUUGAUGAGCAACGUCGACACUGAACUGCUCGUCCGGCAUCAUUCAGAGUGCAAAGACCUGCUUAUCGAAGCUCUCAAGUACCACUUGAUGCCUGAGCAGAGAGCAGUCCUGAGCAACAGCCGGACCCGUCCACGGCGCUGCGAGGGAGCCAGCAUGGUGCUCUUCGCUGUGGGUGGAGGGAGCCUUUUUGCCAUCCAUGGAGAUUGCGAAGCCUACGACACGCGGACUGACCGCUGGCACAUGAUCAACACCUGGACCCCGAUUGCCAACAUGCUGAGCCGCCGGAGUAGCGCAGGGGUGGCCGUCCUGGAAGGGAUGCUGUACGUGGCCGGAGGGAACGAUGGGACCAGCUGCCUUAACUCGGUGGAGCGCUACAAUCCCAAAACCAACACGUGGGAAAGCGUGGCCCCCAUGAACAUCCGUAGAAGCACCCAUGAUUUGGUGGCCAUGGAAGGCUGGCUCUACGCCGUGGGCGGGAACGACGGCAGCUCCAGCCUCAACUCCAUCGAGAAGUACAACCCGCGGACCAACAAGUGGGUGGCAGCCUCGUGCAUGUUCACCCGGCGCAGCAGCGUCGGGGUGGCUGUGCUGGAACUCCUCAACUUCCCACCCCCGUCCUCGCCCACCCUGUCGGUGUCCUCGACGAGUCUUUGACGAAGGACCCUGCCGUUCCCCGCCUCGCCUGGACUGCAGCGUCUGUCGGAGCGCGAAGCCGGCUUGGUCCGGCCCCUCCGGAAGCCGAUCUCUCUGAAGGAGGGGUGCUGCACCCAGAGACUUUCCCCGGGGAGGGCCAGCCUCCAGCUCAGCUCCAAAAGGGGAGUCUCCUCGAAAAAAGACCUACUCGAGAAGAAGACGAGCGAUACUCUGCGCGUCCAUUGUUGAUCUCAUCGCAACUAGACCAAUGCUGCCUGGUUUCCCGUAGGCCAUACUCCACAACCUUAGAGUUCCACAAUUGGACGUCGGAUCGCCGGAUCCAUCUCAUGCAAAGGACGGUGAGAUUGGUUACGGGCAAAAAUCAAGGUGCCACCACGAGCUCAGCCAACGACGCCAACCCCUGGAGUUCUUCACGUAGGCGGUGCGUGCCAACUUGCAGAACCUUAAGCGGUGAACAUCACAAUUAGCCAAAAACUUCUUACCAAAACUAACAGUAUACGGUUGAAGGCGUGUGGGGCGGAAGCAGGCCUCUCACCUUGGUGUCUCGCGAAAGGAUGCCUUAUAACGCCAAAACAGGGCUGAGAUGUUCCACAGGGCCUCUCCCAUGUUCUCCACAUCUCUAGGCCAUCCAUUCAGACAUCCUCCUAGUAUCUUUC